AUGUCACGGCGCCAGGUGAAUGAUGAUGACAUUGAGAAAAUAUUGAGGGAGUUGGAAGACGGCAACGUCUCAGAAGAUGGUCUAGAAGAUGAGGAUGAUGAUGAAGAGAACUUUUAUGCCAAUGCGCAGCAACUCGUACAAGACUUGGUCUCAGAUGAUAUGGAAGAUUUGGUUCCCGAAUCUGAGGAUCCUAUUCCACAUGACGAAGACGACCCUCCCUUAGUUCAAGAUGCUGAUCCAGGGCCAAGUUCAGGUGCAAGUAUCUUCAAUAGCUUCGAUAAGCGUCAGAUUAUUUGGAAAACUGGUAGCAUGACAUUCGAUGAGAGCAAAAUAAUACACGAGCCCACAUCUACACUAGAUACUGCAAUAGCCGACUUAGACACACCUUACAAAUGUUUUCUGCACAAUUUUACACCAGAUUUCCUAGAAAAGAUACACUUUCAAAGCGUGCGGUCACACUGGCACGACAAGUUUGGAUACCCGCCGAUAAAAGCUACGUUGUCGAUAAACAGAUUUGAAGCAAUCCGGUCUGUGCUACAUUUCAAUAAUAAUGAGCAUCAUUUACCGAAGGAACAUCCAGAUCACGACCGCCUCCAUAAUAUACGUCCGGUAAUAGACCAUCUGAACAAGACUUUUUCAUCGAUACCUGUAGACCAGCGCCUUUCCAUAGACGAGAAAAUGUGUGCAACAAAAAUAUCUCAUUUCCUCAAAAAAUACCUUCCCAAUAAACCUCACAAGUGGGGUUAUAAACUAUUUGUACUAUGCAGUCUGAUGGGUUAUGCCUACCGGUUUGAAGUCUACUCUGGACAAGACAAUAACAAAGAUAAGCCAGCUGAUGAACCUGAUUUAGGGAUCACAAACAAUGUAGUCUUGCGCCUGGUCAGAGUAGUACCGAGAAAGCUAAAUCACGUCAUAUAUUUCGACAACUUCUACACCUCAUUACCUUUGGCCUACUACUUAUCUAAACAGGGUAUCCACUGUGUCGGCACUGUCCAGCAAAAUCGUUUGCCGAACUGUCGACUGCCCGAUAAGAACACACUAAUGAAAACCUCCGUCCCCCGAGGAACCUACGAAGAAAAAGUGGCUCAUCAUGAUGGCGUGGACUUCUCUGCUACUGUAUGGAAAGAAAAUAAAGUAGUAACUUUAUUAUCCACGUAUGUUGGUGCAGAACCUGCAGGUAAAGUACAACGGUUCGACAAAAAACUGAAACAGAAAAUUGACGUCCCAUGCCCAAAAGUUGUGCAAGAAUAUAAUAUGCACAUGGGAGGAGUUGACCUCAUGGACAGUUAUUUAGGACGGUAUCGAAUAAAGGUCAAAAGUAAAAAAUGGUAUAUGAGACUAUUUUACCAUUUGCUAGACCUCGCCGUCAUCAACUCGUGGGUUCUCUUCAAGAAAAACAUGAGUGCAAAAGGUAUCCCUAAAAAGCAACUGCCAAAUCUAGGAGAGUUUCGAAAUGAAUUGGCAGAUGCCCUGUGCAAUGUGGGAACAAGCAACGGCAACAAAAGAGGUCGGCCAAGCAACAACUUCUUAGAAGAACUAGCUAAGAAACGAAGAGGACCAGCUCAUCCGCUUCCUUGUAAGGACAACGUGAUAGGAACUCGGAGGAAGGAUAUCAUUAUUACGGAGCAAGAUGUGUCAGUACCAGAAGCGGCCAAUCGGAGUAAACGGUACAAGGUGAGGGCAAGAGGAUUCUCCACUUAA